UUAAACGAAGAAGGCGGCACGAACACGUGGUCGCUGCUGGCUAGCACGCUGGUGUCCUGACUCGUAACCAUGUCGGUCAAACUAAACGCCCUGUUUAGUGACUCCUACAUCGACAUAAGUCAGUACAGAGACCAGCACUUUAAGGGCAACCGACAUGACCAAGAAAAACUGCUAAAACAGAGCUGCACCCUGUACGUCGGCAACCUCUCCUUCUACACCACGGAGGAGCAGGUGUACGACCUGUUCUCCAAGAGCGGCGACGUGAAGAGGAUCGUCAUUGGCCUCGACAAGAUCAAGAAGACGGCGUGCGGCUUUUGUUUCGUGGAGUAUUACACACGAACAGAUGCGGAGAACGCAAUGAGAUUCAUCAACGGGACCAGAUUAGACGACAGAAUCAUCAGAACAGACUGGGACGCUGGCUUUAAAGAGGGAAGACAGUAUGGUCGUGGGAAAUCUGGAGGGCAGGUCAGAGAUGAAUACAGACAAGACUACGACCCUGCGAGGGGUGGAUAUGGGAAACUGGCUCAGCUACAGAGGACUUCAGAUGUGCAACACAAAUUUUAGUGAUGGGAAUCAGAAUUCUAUGGACUUUUUUUUUUUUUUUAAGCCAAUGUACAUAUUCCAGUAAAUUCUUGAGUUCUAGCACAUACAUAAGUUUGUAGGAAUUAUAUACAGAUCUGCAUUUUGAGUCUGAGUGAAGGUUUAGUCUAUUCUGAAUUUACAUGUGUUUUUUUAAAUAAACAAUCAAGGUGACUUGCA